GCUUUCUCUUAGCCUGACACACCCUAUGACGCCAUCAUCUUCCAAGAACUGCUUUCUGCUUUGAGAGACAGCUUUUGUUUUUGUGUCAUUUUCAUUUUUAAAAAUUUUUACGUAGACGCGACAUUGCAAGAAUAAUGCUGCGGCUGUUCUAGGGCUUCUCGGCUUCUCCCUCUGAUUUCAGCAGAGACCUUCCCACCGCUUUCACUUUGGAGUUGCAAGACUCAGGUUGUUUUGCCCGUUCACUGCCAGGUUCCCUCCCCCAGGAGAGAGGGAUAGCCAAGCCCAUCCACUCCAGCUGGGCGUUCUUGCUCCUCGAGGCCGCGCCCAGACUUGGUGCCACACGCACACACCCGCUGCGCUCCGUCACCAGCUUUGCAGCCUUGCCCCCACGCCGAGCAAAGCUCUUUCUUGCCUCCGUCUCCUUGGCCGUGUGUCAGCGCCAUGCCGACAUUCAAUGCCAGGUCGCUGAUCUCUCCACUGGGAAUAGUCCGGAUAUUUGAGGUUUUCUUCUCUUGCACGGCCUUCAGCUUGGUGUCUGUCCACAGGAACUAUGCUGGCUCUGAAGGCGCCUGGUCCAUGUUUACCUGGUGCUUCUGUUUCAGCCUCUCCGUCUUCGUUGUGGUCGUGGAGUUCAUCGGCGUGGCCCAGUCGCUGCCUCUGUCCUGGCAGGACUUCACCUCUGCCUUCUCCAUGUUGGCUGCUCUCAUGAUCUUCACCACCUCCAUCCUGUACCCGUCGGUCUUCAUCCCGGAUCGGUGCACGGGUGACUGCGCCUACGAAGGCAUCGCCACUGCCGCAUCUUGCCUCUGCUUCAUCACCUACGCCAUCGAAGUGAGACUGACCCAGGCCAAAGUCGGAGAAGUCAGCACCUUCCUGGCCACCAUCCCUGGCCUCCUGAAAGUCUUUGAGACCUACCUGGCUUGCCUCAUCUUCUCCUUGGUGGCCAGCUACCAAAUCUAUGCAGCGAAGCCCGGCCUGCAGUGGUGCCUGGCCGUCUAUUGCAUCUGCUUCAUCGUCACGUUGGUCAUUGUCGUCCUCACCAUUGGCCGUUGCCUUGCCACCCUGCCCAUCCCCUUGGAGAAAGCUCUGGUGGGCUUCAACACCUUGGCUGUGCUCCUGUACCUCACGGCGGCCAUUGUAUGGCCCAUAUAUGCCUUCAAGGGUUCCUCUAGGCCUUCGCCAUGUUACAGGACUCACCCGCCGUGUAUCGAAUGGAACAAUAAGCUCGGGGUGACCUUUCUGACCAUCUUCAACCUCAUUGCCUACAUUGUGGACCUCGUCUUCUCCACCAAGAUGGUUUUCUUUACCACACCAGCUUAAGUGGGCUCACCUGGGUAGGAUCAAAACCACUUAGGAAUGUCGAUGGUGUUCAUAAUGUGUAAGACAGAGAGACCACCCCAAGACGUUGCCUGGAUUCUUUUAUUGGGUGGCUUUUGUUUGUUCAUCUCUCUUUAAUAUUAGUUUUCAUUUUAGAACUAUCCCAUGCAUGGAUUGAACCUGUCCUGCCGAACCCUGCUUCCUGAGGGAGCAAACACCACCAUCACAUCAUUUAAUAUGUUUUAUAUGCAGCUGUUAGAGAUAUCCUGCCAAGUCUUGCUGAGAGUUUCUCCGUGGAAAGGGAAAGGGUUUGCAAAAGCCCGGUCCCUAGUGAUUCUGUAUCAGCUGCUUCCAUCCCCACCCCACCCCAUAAGGCAGCUACAGUAUCUGGUAAGAGGAAGGGAGGUGUUUGCAGGAAGGGGAAGAAGAACUUGGGGGUGAAAAAACUGAGAAAGGCACCGGGUGCAGAAUCCGAUCACACCUUGGCAGGAGGAACUAAUAUUUCACCUUUGUACGAAGGUGGUGAUGCGUAUGAUACUAUUUGCACAAACGCAGCUUGCUUUACCUCUUCCUGCAACACACGUAUUCGGCGUCUAAGAACAAAGGCUGUAUGUGUUUUCCUUCCAAAACUAAUAUCCCUCCCCCCAAUUGAUUAUUCAAAAUUAAUUUGAUCAAUCUACCAAGCUUUCCUUAAUUGCUGGGGGUGGGGCAACAGAGCUCUUAUUCAAACAUUCCUCGUCUCCCAGGAUUUUAGCUAAAAAAAAUAUUAAAAUCUAUGGCCUUUUGAACUGGGGAGGGGUAUUGUUUUGUUUGUUAUUAUAUUAUGUAUUUUUAUGUUUUUAUACUGCAAACAGCCCUGUAAAUAAUAUGCACAGUCAGCAAAAGGAUUCUGUAUAGUAUGAGGGCUGCCAGUGAUCCAUGAUUCUAAAUUUACAAGUAAACCGCGAUUCAUGCCAGUUGUGGCAAUUAAUUUGCAUCCCGUAGGGGAGUAGAAGUAUACCCUGAGUCUUGCUUUAAUCAUGCUAAGAUGGCCCUCCAGGCCAAUGUUGCUCUAAAAAGUGGGUUCAGGACCUCUUUACGUUUAGCUAAGAAUGAUUUCUUCAGGCAAAUGUAAAGAGGUCCUGAAUCCAUUUUUGAGAACGACGUUGAAAACUUGGCAGAAGUUGGCACACUGUCUGGUACCAUCCUGUUGCCACUGCUGCACUUCUAGUUUCACCAGUGUUUCGAGAACUUAGACAAAAGCACAGCAAGACAGAGGCGGGGAAGGCAAGGGGAUUGCAUAGCAUGAAUGACUUGUUUGCGGCUGGUCAGUUCCUAGGUAGCAUCCAGUUGAGAGCUAAGCUGGAGGGAACGUGUCAUAACCGACUGCAAUUAAUCAAGAGACAGACUUUUGCAAAGUUCACUCUACAAAGCUGCAUCCAGGGAGCUUAGCCUUUUCUGAACCCUGCUGCAGGUCCAAAUUUGAAAAGUGCUGCAUCAAGCCCAUAUUUCUAUGACAUAUUAAUAUAGAGUAAGGAAAGGGGACCUAGGGUGAGAAAAUCCUGAAAUUGCAUAGAACGUAAUGCAGUUGAAACACCCAAGGAAACUGGAUCUUGGUGAGGUUGCGAGGAACAAAGCUUUUAAUGGUAUACCAUCUCUUAAGUUCUGCCACAUGAAUCCAGCUCAGAGUUUGCUCUUUUAGAAAGAGUGCAAUCAGGUUGGCAUGAUGUUCCAGGUGGUCCCGGACUGUGGUACAGGUGUGGUGGGUUCAAGUGUUUCAGGAGAUUGCAACCAUUGUUAACCGGAUUGAUCUGCCCUGUCCUCGGUUUAGCCCUUCUCGCAAUACUUCUGGAAAGUGUGAAUGCCUUAUUGCAGAAAGUUCUAAUCUUGUACUUUAUCGCAGCUGCCCGACAAGGGAUAGCCCACCUUUGAUAAUUCUCCACAUAGUUCUUUCAGGGAUGAUGGUCCAAAGUCUGACCUCUAGUUGAAAAAAUUAUGCCAAGGGAUAAGGUAACGAGGGGUGAAAGCAGGAGGGACCAGGUUGCAGGUACAUGAGACAACUUCUUGCCUUUUGUGGCCAAUCAGGGAAGUAUAGUGUAACUACCACCACCUCUCAAUAAAAACUUUCAAGUUACAUUCAUUACUGAGACACCUCCCCUGCUAAGCAGUCACUGGUGGUCAUUGCUCAGUGGAUGGAUUUAGUGUGCUUUUGAAUUUCCCCUUCCAACAUGUAGUAAAAUGCCAUGCACUGCAUUGUUAUGGCUAUGUAUUGUAUGAUGAUGUGAUGUGUGGAUUUGUAAAUAUAUAUAUUUUUAAACUGAA